AUGCUCAAGUACCAAGUGAAAUCGUCAGGUUUAACGUUGCGACCAGCCAAUCGGGCAUCGAGAACCUCUUCGUCAAAUUCUUCCUCUCCCUGCUCCAUUUCAAUGCAUUCGCUUCUCGAUGACACCCUUCUUGGAAUUCCAACCACUUCGAGAAGUAAUUCUCUCCUUUCACUCAACUCUAAUGACAGUAACCUCUCGGAUGCUUCUGAUGUUGGAGUAUUGAAAGUAGACACCCGGAGUGUGAAGCAGUGCACUGACUACAAAACCAUCAGAGUAACCAAUGGAACUACUGCUCGUCACGUCGUUGAGAAGUUUCUGAACACUUUGAAGCUCACUUGCCGUGAUGCGAACCUCUUCGAUCUUUGGAUGGAACUCACCACUCGAGCCUCUGGAGCUCCAGUCGUCACUCUUCUCAAGCUGGAUCCCGAUGCACGACCAUACGAACUUCAGAGAUGUCACCCAAUGGGAAUGUCUCGUUUCAUUCUUCUCCAGAAUCCAUCUGGGUUCCUUGUCCGUGUUCAUGAUCACAAUAUUUCUCCACAAUCCAACUACAAAUCCCUUCUUCUCUCGUCCCAAACAACAACCAUCGAAGCUAUCCAUAUCGUUUUGUCUCUGAAUCGGAAAUACGACGAUGCUUCUAAAUAUGGUCUGUUUUUGGCCACACCUGGAGCAGAUGCUCAAAUUCCUGAUGACGUCUCAUUGGUUUCAAUCGCAAGACUGUGUCAACCAGAUCAGAAAAUUAUUAUUCGACACGUUGAUGUUUUUUAA